ACCAAGUAACCGUAGCUGUAAUUCGAGUCCUCAGUCCCCAGAGUCCUGGGCAGGUCAGGAAUUCUAGGGGCUGCUCCCUCAAGGGAAGGAGCCGUCGGAAGCCCCCACCGAGGCCCGUGGAUGUAGGACUGGGCUCCUUGACCUUGUCGAACUGUGGCCCUGACAGGCAGCUGCACUGGGAACCUGUCAUGAGAGUCUCUAUGCCCUAAUGGGACAGGCUCGCCCUGCCCAGACCUGUUCUAGAUUCCGCCACCACCCUUCCCCAAGGCCACUGCACCUCUGCCCGACUCGCUGGAGCAGGGCCUCAUAGUCUCAACCCGGAAGGCUGGCAGAAGAAGGGCUGGGUCGUCUGAGGGGCCAUGGAAGCCACGGCAGAGCCCGUUCUCUACCAUAAGCUGCAAAUCUGGGAACCAAACAUGGAGUCAGAGGAGGAGGAGGAAGAGGAGGAGACAUCAGAGCCCCUGGUUCUCUCCCUCAGGAGGCCCCUGGAUGCCCCUGGGAACAAGGUUGGUGGGCUUCCUGGAGCCUGGGCCCGACUGGUGGCAGCCCUGCUGCUGCUGGCUGUUAGCUGUUCCCUGGCUGUGAGGCAGCUCCAACGUAGGGGCAGCUUGACAGGAAGGCUGGGCUCCAUGGCCCCUCCAGCCAACGUACACUCCCAUCCUACUGGUGUGUACCACCAUGGUGCCAUCAUCAGCCCUGCAGCCAUAUGCUCCCACCUGGGCCAAGAGCUACUUGCUGCUGGGGGCAAUGUCGUGGAUGCUGGAGUCGGAGCCUCUCUGUGCCUGGCAGUGGUGCAUCCUCAUGCCACAGGGCUAGGUGCCAUGUUCUGGGGCCUCUUCCACAAUAACUCCUCAGCAAACGCAACAGCUCUGACAUCAGGCCCAGCCCAGACCCUGGCCCCUGGCCUGGGGUUGCCCACUGCUCUGCCUGCCCUGCAUUUGCUUCAUGCACACUUUGGCCACCUGCCCUGGUCACACCUGCUGAUGGGUCCCACCAUGCUGGCUCAAGAAGGCUUCCUGGUGGACGCAUCCCUGGCAAGGGCUCUGGCAACCCAGGGCACGAAGGGCCUCUGUCCACUGUUCUGCCAUGCUGACGGGACCCCCCUGGGCCUCGGGGACCGAGCUACCAACCCAAAGCUGGCAGCGGUGCUUCGUAAGGCAGCACUCGCCCCAACUCCAGCCCUUGCCGGAGAUGAACUACUGAAUUUGCUGUCCAGAGAUCUAGGACUGGAGGAACCCUUGGCUAGACCCACCCCCACCUUGGUGCCAGCACUGCAGUUUUCUAUGACCCAAGGCAUCCUAUUCACUACCCCAGGUCCCUCAGCUGGCCCGGAACUGCUGGCACUACUGAAGACAGCUCUGCACUCCAGAGAACCCAGCCCUGACCUCUGCCCACCCCUCCUAAAAAACACUGUGACCCCUGUGAGUAGCAUCCUGGCCACCGUGGACAGCAGCGGCACUAUGCUUCUUCUCACCUCCUCACUCAACAGCACCUUUGGGUCUGGACACAUGUCUCCAAGCACUGGGGUUCUGCUUAGUGAUCUGGUGGACAGGUCUGCAACUAGUGCCUGGGCCUGCCCCCUCAUUCUCCGUGUCAGCUCGGAUGACACAGAGGCUGAUGUGAUGGGGCUGGUGGCUUCAGGAACUCCCAGGAUGGCCAGAGCAAUGACACAUGCCUUGCUCAGUCAUCUUGCAAGGCCCCAAACCCAUACCCACCAGCAGCAUCAGCCCCAGCCCCAACAAGGACCAACAGAUAGCUCCAGCACUUGCGGCCAAGGGACCCUACUCCAGGUGGCUGCCCAUGCAGAACACUCCCAUGUCUCCAGUGUCCCCAGUGGCUGCUGCCCCUUCCAGGGGUUCUAAUGGAGGGGCAGGAAUCUGAUGGGAAGCAGGGUUGUCUCGAGCCUGAGAGCAGGGCAGAGAAGACCCAGCAGCUAUGGGGUGCAUAGAGAAUGUGCAUCUACUAUGUGCCAUUGCUGGCUCAGCCCCCAAACUCUGACCUGGUCAGUUACCUGAACUCAAGCUCUGGCAUCCAGGGCAAGCUUGAUCACUCUUCAUAGCAUGCCCACUAGAUGGAAUAUCUGGCUUUUUCUAAUCAGCUGAGAAGCUUGAUGAUAAUGAGGAAAGAGCAACAGGGCCUGGGGCUAGCCCUGAGUGCAGAUCACCUCUGGGAAAGACAAAUGGAAGAAUGUCAAGUCCCUAACUAGGACUCUGUGCUCCAUGGGGUAGGGGCAAGCAGUACUCAGGAUGCUGCUGGCAUCUCUGGCUCCAUAGCCAUCCUCUGCUGAUCUUCCUCAACUGGACUGGAAAUAAACAUCAAGUCUCCUGGGUA